AUGAGCGUGGCCAUGUUGCACAUCUGCCUGUCUGCACAGGGCAGAUCAUUUCAACUUCCUUUUCAGAGACGCUGCAAGCAGCAGGCCAAGAGAGCUAUGUAUUUACCAGAGCAUCAUCGGGUGAGGAUGGGAAAAAGGGGCCUCUUCUCCCUCCUUGGUUUGCUGUUGGUGGUCAGCAUUGCAGGACAGCCCACAGAUGUCAUUACAGAAACAGAAGUGGUCCACGCUUUGCCAGGUACUGACGUGACCCUGCUAUGCAGCUUCCCAAAGCCACACGGCACCUACAUCAUACAGACACAGUGGUCCAAGACUGAUGGCACACAGCUUACCAGAAUAGCCGUUUAUCACCCUGUUUAUGGCACCCAUUACUUCACCUUUCCUGAGGCUUCUUACAACGUUUCGGUGUCCUUCAGCACGAGGAAUUGCUGCAGCUGGGAUGAGACGCAGGCUUUGUGUUCCCCUGAUCCAGAUGCCAAGGCUGAAUGCACUCGGUGGGCUCUGCAUCUGAAAAACGUUACCAUUUCCCUUAGUGGGCAGUAUGAGUGCAGUUUUGCUACCUACCCUUAUGGGACAAAGGCUGCAAAAAUCCAACUUCUUGUCAAGGCAGAAGAGGAGCAGCACAACGUGAAGGAAGUGUGGUUAAACCAGACGUUAGAAAUUCCAUGCCUUGGGGACACGGCCUCAGAAGAUUUGUCCCAUUAUCCUUUGAAAUGGCUCGUGGAGCAAGAUGGCAUGAAAGAGGAGCUUGUAACCAAGGAGCCCUCCUGUCCUGCAGUGUACAGGAACAGCAGCAUGCUGUAUGGGCAGAGAGUCCUCCUGGGUGUGAAUAAUGCCCUUAAGCUUUUCCCCACCAGAAUCACAGACAAUGGCAAGGUGUUUUCCUGCCAUGUGGUGUCCCAUCCGGAGAGAGUCCAGAAGAGCAGCACCACUGUGAGAGUGUUCGCCUACCCCGAGAUCUCUGUUGGCCUGCAGGAGGGUGCUGCUGGCACUGCAGAGAAGCCUAACGUGACCUGCAUCGUGAGGAAGGUAUUUCCCAAGCCAAGCCUUGUGUGGUACGUGGACAGAGAGAGCUUGACGGAGCAGCCUGGAGGAAUUUCUGUUGAACAAGAAGACUCGCAAGACAAUGAAGGUUUCUAUCAGCUGAGAUCAACGCUGGUGUUUCAAGGGACCCACCAGACGUCUAAGACAUUCUUGUGUGUGUGUCUGUUUUCCUUCGCUGGGAAUGGAACAUGGAAUAUUUCAUCAAAAGAAAUAUUUGUUACCUUCGACAAUAAGCCUAAUGAAGCCUCAUCCAAAGCUUUCCCCACCACGGCUUCAGAAGACCUCAGUAACUCAGCACUUCCAUCAGCUGUUAUGACUACCUCAAAGCACCAGCUGACAUCUUCGGCCUCUCUGGACUUCAGAAGUCAAGCAAGCUUGCCUCCUGCUUCCAUGACACAAGGAGCACUGAUUUCUAUAGCAGAAACAAAACCCCAUACCAGCUCCACAGCAUUUAAUGAGAGAUUGACAACAGCAUAUUUGAAUGAUUCCAUCACUGAAUCCCCUCAAAGCCUCAGGAAUGCCAUGCGCUUCUCCAAGAACACAACCCUGGUGUAUCGUAACCUGUCCUUCAGCAUCACCGACCAGCCAAUUUCAGUUACCAGAAGGGAUGGUUUCUUUACUGCCAGCAGUCUGCUCAAUACUACUGGUGGUGUGCUGAACAUGAAAGCCAGUCACUUCCCUUGGCCAACCGUGGUAGCUGUCCUGCUCCUCUCCUGCAGUUUUCUAAUAGCCCUGGGCAUCAGGAAAUGGUGUCAGUACCAAAAAGAGAUAAUGGACAGACCCCCAUCUUUCAAGCCACCGCCACCUCCAAUAAAGUAUACCUGCAUGGUGGAAUCUGAUGGGACCCCCCCAUCCUGCCACGAGCUGGAAAACCUGUAGCAUGGACUACAAUUAAAAGGCUUUGUCUUGAAAACAGCGA